AUGGCAUCUCAGUUUCGAAAAAAAAAGUUGAGCAUAUUAAUAUCAGCAGAAACGUUUUGAAUAGCAUUUCUUCACCAACGGUUCAAGAAUCUAAAUGAGUUAGAAAUAAGACAUCUUAGAACAUUUUGAGUUGAUUAAAGAAAUUUGCACAUCUUUCGAACCAUCAAUUGCUUCUGAUCAGGUUUCAUUAUUUUAACAUUUUUUCGAACUAUUUUAUUGUUUUAAAUUGGCUAGAAUUGAGCACGAUUCCAGAAUAAUUUUGGAAUCUGAAAAGAACAGAAAUUAGUUUGGAAGAAAUUGUUCUUUUUCUUGAAGAAAUCUUACAGAAAAGAACUCGACAGACAUUCUUCGAUUAGUUCUAAUGCAGAAAGGCUUGCCUGAUAGGCUUUACAGAAUAGAUGAAAUUUUCUGUUACGAAUUAAAUAUGAUUAUUCUUCAGGUCAUUUUAAGAUAAAAGUGCGACGUAAAAAGGAAACUUUUGAAACAAAAUGGAAAUGCAUAUGUUCCAUUUUGGCACUUUGAGUUAGUGGCUUUUAUGUCAGUGAACCUUGUAUCGCACUGAUUCGACACAACUACUUUCUAAAAAUGCGUUCAACAAUUUUUUUGAUCUGCCUUUGUUUCUUGUCAGAGAUCCUUGAAGCCGAUUCCGAUGAUCCUCUGGUGAUUGUUGACCAACAGAAUGCGGAGGAGGAGACUCGUCUGCCGAAUGCCCAUAGCGCGACUUUCGUCAUGGGCUUCAUAUUCCUGUGCUUAUUCUUCUAUGGGGUAUAUAGAGUUUGCAAAUGCCAUUGCAUUGAGAAGAAGCAGCCUCUUACGGUGAACCUGGAUGGGGGAGAGACACCUGACGAGUUGGGACUUGAGAAACAUAUCAAAGAACACAAUGAUUACCUAGCCAUCUAUGGACCCAAAAAGCACAACACCAACUUGCAUGUGUGUGAAUUUAAGAAAAACGAUGGCACGAACGGACCUUGAAGGCCACUUAUCUUCGAAAAUAGGGGGGAACUUCAGAAGGCAUCCUAUUUGAAAAAUGGGACAUGCAUGGAAUAUUCUUUAUAUUCAUACAAGGAAGGCAUCUCAAAUUUCAUUAUCUUUCUUUAAAAAAGUACAGAUUAUGCGAAGAAAUGUUCAUGAAAGUCAAAAAUAGCGCAAGUACGUCAGCCAACGAUAAUGCAAGUAUGAUAAAGGAAAGGGAAAGCACUUCAAAUCCGUUGUGAUGGUUCUGAAAAAAGACUCAUAUUUGUUGGACAUAGACGGCAUAAAACCGUCAAACUAUCAAAGUAGUUAGCACCUGAGGCGCAAACAGGUACUUAUCUCUCAAUGGCCAAUGAAUAAACGGUGGAGAUAUUUUAUCUUUCAUACAGAUAUUUUUAUUUUGACUUGAUAUGAAAAUCAAAGAAUGGAAUGAAAAACAUUAACAUUCACACAUGAAAAGCCUUGUUACUCAUAGCGACUGACAUUUUAAUUGAAGCCGCAUCAGUCAUUAUUGUUGAUGAUGUAGAAUGUUUUUAAAAAUUACAUUCUAUUAAAAAAACAAUUGAGAUACGAACGGAACACUGCAUGAUUAAGUAGAAAAUAUUUCUAAAAGAAUGUAUGCAAGAUACGAAUAUGAAGUAUUCAAAUAAUCUUAUCACAACUUUACAGAGUGCCGGCUAACGCAUUGGAGAAAUUGGAUGUUGUGAACAGAAUGGAAAUAGGUGACCUUUCAGAAGAUCUUCUGCUUGAAAAUGGAACUUCCAUCGACUAUUGGCUGGACGCAUCCAACGACACCGCUUUGAACGAUUCCUCAUCGUUGAACAGGCACGGGUUCGGCAAGAAAGUGGUGAAGAAAGUGAAAGAGGGCAUUAAGACGGUCAAAGACAAAGUGAAAGGUGGUUUUAACAAGGUCAAGGACAAGAUAAGGGAUUUCAAGGAUAAAAUAGGAUCCAAAGGAGGUGGCUCUGGCGGUGGAUAUUAUAGAGAUAAUUACGACAGAGAUUAUGACAGAGACAGAUAUAAUCGAGAUUACCGUCGCAAAGGCACGUACAGUGGGGGAACAGGAAUCACGGAUCCUGAAACUGCAAAGUGGCUCGGCAUCGGAUUGGGUGUAUUCCUAGUUCUGAGUCUGCUUGUCAUUAUUGUGUAUUAUAAAGUUAAAAGCGAUUUUUAAUAUAUUUUAAUGGCAACGAUGUCAUUCUCUGCCUUUCAGAAUCAGACAUAUAGAAAACUCGUUCGGAACCGCUGAAGGAUUAUGAAACUUCAGAGCUCUCUUUAAUUUGAACUCCAAGAAAUGGCGCAGUGAAUGUAGCAUAGAGGUAACACGUCAAGAUAUCAUGCCGCAGCUAUGUAAUCUCAUUCUUACAUGCUACUUCAGUUUUAUAUUUCAGUAUGUUGAGUACAAUUAUGAUGAUGUUUUGAACUGUUUCAAUGACUGGUUCAUUCUCUGAGAGAUCCAUUCAUAUUUUUCUUUCAAAUGAAUGCUUUAAAUGACGAAGAAACUUUUAGAGAAACGACUUUUAGAUGGCGAACCUUUAGAGAAAAU